GCAAAAUUCAUAUGAGGUCAGAGAGGGAUUUAUAUGUGUGGGUUUAGAAAUAGCCCUGGCAGAAAAUGCUUCAACAUGAGCUCCUGUUUCCCUGUUCUCUCAGAAUAUAGAUGAUCCAAACCUGGAUGUGGCUAGAAUGGGCUAACGACAGUGCAUUAUUAAUCAGUUCUUAUUACUCAAAUAUUCUCCAGUUUGGCUAACUGUAUUUGCUGUAUUUUAAGUUAACUGUCUGUACUAAAAAGCUCUUCUGGUAUAAUUUUGUUCCCUGUGCCACUUCGGAACUAAGUGCUCUGAGCGGUUUUAUUAAUAAAGCUGUUUGCUGCCCAGCGUGGGCACUUGGAGGUGGGCUCAGAAGAGGUUUUCUGCAGUCUAGUGUUCUUCUGUUGGGGGGGUUGUAUUAUGUGUAUCAUUUUGGCCCCUGAGCUGCCUCGAAGCCAAGUGUUCUGGGUCCUUUUUAAAGGUGCUGGGCUGGUCGGGGCUAAUAACAGUGCAUUGUUAGUGAGUUCUCAUUACUGAAAUAUUGUUCUUAGGUGUCGGUAACAUGGUCCAGUGUGGGGUUGUUGUUGUUUUUUCCCCAAUAAUUGCAUUUAUUAAAAUGUCAUUCUGGCUUUUACACCAUGCCAGUAAUUGCACAGGAGAGGUCCAAUUCUUCUAGCUAAGGAUGAGAACAGCUUCCUGUGUGAAAGUCAAUGAUUCUAUGUGCUCUAAAAUCCUCAUGCUGAUGCAUUUUGGUUUGAAAUGUGGUGUGCCCCAGAAGAGGGAGCAGAUUUCGAGAUCUGAGGCUGCAGGGACCAUCUCUGCACUAAGAGCAGCAGCUCUGGAAUUCACCGAGAUGGGGUGAGGAGGGGCAGUUUGUGCAGAGUCCAGAUUUCUCCUGCCAGUCCUCUGCAACACACAAAUCCCUAUGCGCCCUCCUCAGUCUGCCUCCCCACUGCCCACGCAUCUCCCUGUCUAACCCUUGGUCUGCUCCCAUCCCCACACAAAGGCAUCCCCCUGUGACCUCCUUCCUCUGUCUCCUGCCCUCCCGACAUCCCUGUGUCCAAUCUUUGGCCUACCUCCUGCCCUCACCCCUCUAGUCUCCCUGCACCUUACUAAGUCUACUUCCUAGCUGCUGUCGCAGAUCCACAGGAUAGGUGCUACACCCCUAGCUUUUAAACAGUCCCUGGGAGCAGUGGUACACAGACCCUCAACCAGGGGUACACAUAUCCCUGGGUGUACGCAGAGGCCUUCCAAGAGGUACUCAGCUCAUCCAGAUCAGUGUUUUUCAACCUGGUGGUUGCAACCUCCAUGGGGGUCACAGAACGGUUUUAGGAUGGUCGCAAGUGUAGGGCUGGUGUUAGGGGAUGGCAAGCAGGGCAAUUGCCCAGAGUUCCCAUGCCAUGGGGGCCCCUUGCGAAGCUCAGUUACAUGCUUCACCCCUGUGCAGUGGGGCUUGGGCUUCAGACAAGGCUCAAGUGAAAAACAGGCUCAAGUAUCACACUGAGAAGUGACCGUGACCUUCGAGGAGGUGGCUGUGUAUUUCACUGAGGGGGAAUGGGCACUGUUGGAUCUGGCUCAGAGAGCCCUGUACUGGGACAUCAUGCUGGAGAAUUACAGGAAUGUGACCUCGUUGGGUUUUCCAAUUCCCAAGCCCAGCGUGAUCUCCCAGCUGGACCAAGGAGAAGAGCCGUGGGUCCCUGAUCUCCAGGGGUCCCAGGCUAGAAAGAUCCAGAGAAACAUCCCCAGAGCAGGUGAUGAGACGGUGAGUGAGAGCAAUGAAGAAAGUCCUUGUCCGGACGGUCCUGAGCAAAUGGAACUGAAGGGGACGUUGCUGGGAAGAUGUGAAGGGGAUGAUUCCCAGAUUCCUGGGCAAGGACAAGCCCAAGAAACUCAGUGCAGGCCAGAGAAGCAGCAGGGAACCCCUCCAGGAAAGAUACUGGGUGAAUCCACUUGCCGAGGGGGAGGUUUGGAAGAAUCUAAUAAAGUCACGAUCCAGCCAAGAAACUGCACUAAAGAGAAGCAUUUCGAAUGUGCUGAGUGCAGGAAACGCUUUAGUUGUAAAGAACACCUUGUUAGACAUCUGAGAGUCCACACUGGAGAGACCCCGUAUCACUGCCCCGAGUGUGGGAAACAAUUCAGUGACCAAUCAAUCCUUAUUAGACAUCAGCGAACCCAUACAGGAGAGAGACCCUAUAAGUGCACUGACUGCGGGAAAAGCUUCAGUCAGAGGUCAGGCCUUAUUAUACAUCAGACAGUCCACACAGGAGAGAAAUGCCAUAAAUGUCCUGACUGUGGACAAACCUUCACUCAGAGAGGGCAUGUUACUAGACAUCGGAGGACUCACACGGGUGAGAGACCCUAUGGAUGCCCAGAGUGUGGAAAAAAGUUUGCUUCCACCUCUGACCUUAUUAUACAUCAGAGAAUCCACACAGGAGAGAAACCCUAUAACUGCCCUGACUGUGGGAAAAGCUUCAGUCACAGCCAUCACCUUACUGACCAUCGGAGAAUCCACACAGGAGAGAGACCCUAUACCUGCCCCGACUGCGGGGAAAGCUUCAAAAGUAAAUCUGGCUUCAAAGUCCAUCGGAGAAGGCACACGGGAGAGUGCCCCUAUCAAUGUUCCGUCUGUGGGGAAAGGUACAAAACUAGGAACUCUCUAACAUGCCACAUGAAACACCACACAGAAUAGUGCCAGACACUUCCCCUCCUCUCUCUGCAUCUGUAGAGAUAGGAAGAACCAUGAGGAUAAUAAACAGUUGCCCAAUGCCCUAGGGAGUCAAGUGGCACCACUAUUUACUUGUGUGCUGUGUAUCUCAGGAGGACGGAGGCACCAGGAGAGUGACAUUAUUAUUAUUACUGUCUUGCAUUAUUCUCUGACACUCUCCCAUCCCAGCUCCCUCUGUCAUGAGGAGGCUUCUACUGAGCCAAAGGGUUUACCUGGAUUUCCUGGUCCCUGUUUUUAGGCAGGGACUUAGUUCACAUUGUUGCACACAGGGAUUAUUUUGUAAAUUGCUGCCCUAGGAGGCAUUUUCUCCCUGUUUCUGCAUGGUGGGGAGAGCAGGGGUCUGAAAUUUCUGGAUAGUUGGGUGUCAGUGGAUUGUUUAUUGUUCAUUGAAUUAUUUUCUGGGUAUUGCUCAAUUAUGUGUUUUUCCCCCAACUAAGAUGUAAAUAAAACUUUUCUGGCAAAUCUCA